GGCUCCCCAGCAAUUUCUCGGUGUGUUGGAGCUACUGUAGCCUACAUGCAGUAGUGUCAGCAAUCUGACGAAAACCGCUGGCAAAAAGGAGACGAUGAUCUGACGCUUUACGCAUAGGCUAAGCUCGGUGUUCCUGGCCACAAAAAUGAAGUUGACUGUGUUCUCCAUGCCGCUCGCUACAUCAGAUGGAGAUUCAGCCCGUUUGUCGCCUCUUUACAUCGGCAAAGCCGAUGCCACGCUUCCCUCUGAUGCGGUUCCAGUUGAUGGAUUCUGACAUGGACUAUGAGCGGCCAAACGUAGAGACUAUCAAGUGUGUGGUGGUGGGAGAUAACGCGGUAGGGAAGACGCGGCUCAUCUGUGCCCGCGCCUGCAACGCCACCCUCACCCAGUACCAGCUCCUCGCCACGCAUGUGCCCACCGUAUGGGCCAUAGACCAGUACAGGGUGUGCCAGGAGGUUCUAGAACGUUCCAGGGAUGUGGUAGAUGACGUGAGUGUGUCUCUGCGUCUGUGGGACACCUUCGGAGAUCACCACAAAGACCGGCGGUUUGCCUAUGGCAGGUCUGACGUGGUGGUGUUGUGUUUCUCCAUUGCCAACCCCAACUCUCUGCACCAUGUCAAAACCAUGUGGUACCCUGAGAUCAAGCACUUCUGCCCGCGUGCUCCUGUUAUCCUGGUGGGCUGUCAGCUGGACCUGCGAUACGCCGACCUGGAAGCAGUCAACCGUGCACGCCGGCCCCUGGCAAGACCGAUUAAACCCCAUGAAAUCCAACCUCCUGAGCGGGGUCGUGAGGUGGCCAAGGAGAUUGGUGUGCCGUACUUCGAGACGAGCAUCGUGGCCCAGUUUGGUGUCAAGGACGUCUUUGACAACGCCAUCCGUGCUGCGCUCAUCUCACGGCGCCAUCUGCAGUUUUGGAAGUCACACUUACGCAACGUGCAGCGGCCGCUCCUCCAGGCACCCUUCCUUCCCCCCAAACCGCCCCCGCCCAUCGUGAGCGUGCCGGCGCCCCCCUCCUCCAUUGAGGAGCACCCGGGCCGGCUGCUGGAGGACCCGCUGUGUGCCGACGUCAUCCUGGUGCUGCAGGAACGUGAGAGGAUCUACGCCCACCGCAUCUAUCUGGCCACCGCCUCCUCCAAGUUCUACGACCUCUUCCUCACAGACUCAUCCACUGAAGAGCCAAGACGACCGUCGCCGUCACUGCACCCUCGACCCCGUCCGCCACCCAGCUCCUCUGCCGGCCUAUCGGGCCGCGACCUGCUGAUGCGAGCGGCGAGCUUCGACGUGUGUGAGCCGCCCAUGACGGACGGGGACCGGGCGAACCUGCGCGCCUGCACCAGCGAUGGGACGCUGAAGAGGGGAGAGGCUGAGGAGAGGAUGGGCCGGGGCAGGCUGCUGUCGUCAUGGAGUCGAGCCUUCCUCAGCAUUCAGGAGGAGGUGGUGGAUGACCCCGCGGUGGGCUACAACCCCCGGCCCAUGACUGUGGUCCACAUGGACCCUUCCAUGCAGCCCGGACCCUUCAGAGCAGUGCUGCGCUACCUCUACACUGGCCAGCUGGACGAGCACGAGAAGGAGCUGAUGCACAUUGCCCACAUCGCCGAGCUGCUGGAGGUGUUUGACCUGCGCAUGAUGGUGGCCAACAUUCUCAACAACGAGGCCUUCAUGAACCAGGAGAUCACCAAAGCCUUCCACGUGCGCCGCACCAACAGGGUCAAGGAGUGCCUGGCCAAGGGCACCUUCUCAGAUGUGGCGUUCCGGCUGGAUGACGGCACCAUCAUGGCCCAUAAGCCCUUACUGAUCUCCAGCUGCGACUGGAUGGCUGCUAUGUUUGGAGGCCCUUUUGUGGAGAGCUGCACUAAAGAGGUCUCAUUUCCCAACACCACCACCAGUUGUAUGCGGGCCGUGUUGGAGUACCUGUACACAGGCGUCUUCUGCUCACGCUCAGACCUCGACUGUAUGGAGCUCAUUGUUCUGGCCAACCGCCUCUGUCUACCACAUCUGGUCGCCCUCACAGAGCUUUACACAGUAACAAUACUGAGAGAGGCCACUAUGAUGGGGGUGGACAUCGAUGGAGACGUGCUAUUGUAUUUGGACGUGGCUCAGUUUCAUGGUGCUCAUCAGCUGACGAGCUGGUGUCUUCAUCACGUCUGCACCAACUACAACAAUGUCUGCCGCAAGUUCCCCCGCGACAUGAAGAUCAAAUCUUCAGAGAACCAGGAGUACUUUGAGAAGCAGCGCUGGCCGCCGGUCUGGUACCUGAAGGAAGAUGACCACUACCAGAGGGCACGCAAGGAGCGCGAGAAGGAGGACUACCUCUACCAGAAGCGCCAGAGCAAGAGGAAGUGGCUCUUCUGGAACCUUCCGUCGCCCCCACACGCCUCCUCCUCCCCCCCUUCCUCCUCCUCAGGCUCCUCCUCCGCCGUCAUUUGAUUGGCUCUCAGGGGUGGCCCGAAAGCCCGCCCGCCCACCAACCAACCAACCAAUCAAGCGUCUUCUGCUGGGGAUCUCAGAGGCAAUUUUUUUUGUUUUGUUUGUUUGUUUGUUGAUACUUUUUUAGUAUUGGCAACCAUAGUCUGCGAGGGGAUCUGUUUGAGUAUUGGCAUCCAAAGUGUAUUGUCACGUCACUUUCAACCUUCCCUGUGUUAUUUUUUUAUUUGCUUUAUUUGUUUGAGUAUGUUUUUUUGUUCAAAUACGUAUACAGUAAUUAUUGUACAAACACUCAUUGUCCAAGCAGUCCUUCUCCAUGGUGUUUGCUUGUAUUUUUAUUCUCUCACUAGAGAAGACAAAUAUCACAAAGCCAUAUCGGUACAAAGAAAAAAAAGAUGGUCUUUUUUUGUAUUUAUUUACAAAUACCAAUGUAUUGAAAUGUAUGUAUUUUUGUCCAUUUCAACUGUAUGGCUGGUACCAUUGAAAUGUGUGUGUGUUGUCAUUAGAGGCUGAUUCCACAUCACACUGUUUUUGUUUGUUUGUUUGUUUGUUUGUUUGUUUGUUUGUUUGUUUUUCACAGGCCAAACAGAUAGCCAGAUAUGCCGCAUGUGAGUGCUGCGUGGCCUCACAAACUUGAA